AUGAUCUUAAAUCAAGAUAUGUGGUAUGUUGUUGAAGAGGAUGGUCAAUCGCCAAAUGACCGCGAGGGCCUUAAUGACCCUAACUACGCAUUAUUUGUCGAGGUUGUCACUGAUGCUUCAGGCUCGGCAUCUCUCCGAUACGUCCAAGUUCCCGAGGCUCAGAGGGACACAUGGUUAGAUCCGAAUGCAGUGGGAGGGUCAAAAUGUAUUAAAAGGGCCCCCGGAAGGACAUCAAAAUCAGAAAAGGACGCUUCGUCUGCUCCGGUACGCCUACGCUCAUCACCUCAUACCUCCUAUUCUGAGCAAUCAGGCUUCAUCGUCCGCGUCGAGGGUCACAAUGAGCGCGUUGUCGACACUGCAUCCAUGAUAUCUACCAACCGCUCCAAUACGACGACCUGUGCCAUCAUGCGUGUGCUCAAGACCUCCUCCAAGGACGUGAUCCUCCAACGAGUCAAAGAACUGCAACAUUCUAUUUGGCAUCCCUGCAUCCUCGCAUCGCUCCAGAUUGAGCGCCGCAUUCCACAUAUAAAGAAUUCGCUUAUUGAUCACAAAGAUAACAUCGAGCGUAUGGAGAUCUCCGCAGGCGUCUACAAGGUGUAUAUGUUGCAUCCCGAUGAACGAAGGGAAGAAGGAAUGAUCGAGCCCUGGAAAACGGCAGACUUUGAUUUGUUAAGGAGUGAGCUGGCAAGCGUGAAGAAUGAUCUGGCAUAUCAAAAGUAUAAGUGUAAUAUUUUCAUCGAUUUGAUUGCUUUCCUAGAUGGUGUAGCGGGGAAAAUGGACGUGUUGAUGCAAUAUGAGGCUAAAUCAAGGUAUUUGCGGACUGUCAUCUUAGGUUAUAAGGAGCGGGCGCAAUAUCUGUCUGAUCGAGCAGAAACUACAAUGCAGACGGCACGUAUUUUCAGAGUUUGUCGCGAGAUGUUUAACUUUGCGCCUGACAAUUUGCAGUGUUUCUCCCUCAUGGCCGAAAAAGACAACUAUCUCAACCACCGGACCGCCGCGCAAUCUCUUGAGCUCACCAAUCUCUCCCGCAAAGACAAUGAAUACAUGAAAGACAUCGCUACCGCGACUUACCGACAUAGUAGAGAUAUGCGUGCUAUCACCAUUAUCACACUCUCAUUUCUCCCAGCCACUUUCGUUGCUGCCUUUUUCAGCACGUCCUUCUUCGAUUUCCGCGUAGGCGGAGAAAUGGCCUCGAAGUGGUUAUGGAUGUAUUGGGUUAUUACGGCUGUUCUUACAGCUACGGUGCUCGGAGGAUGGCAUUUUUUCUCAGGGAUAUUUGGCGAAGGGCACUCCCGGAUGAAUCCGAAGGCGAAGAACAAGGAUGUAAACCCUACGCACAUCGAAUAGUAUCCGGCACAUUUACUAUUCCUUCUCAGCAUACUCAGGUACCUCCUUUCAGCCUCACAUUACACGCAUA